CGGAGUCUGGGGCGGCGGCGGCGGCAACAACAUGGCGGAGGCGGAAGGGGAGAGCCUGGAGUCGUGGCUCAAUAAAGCCACUAACCCAUCUAACAGACAAGAGGAUUGGGAAUACAUCAUUGGAUUCUGUGACCAGAUCAACAAAGAACUUGAAGGGCCACAGAUAGCUGUGAGACUCCUGGCUCAUAAAAUCCAGUCGCCACAGGAAUGGGAGGCAGUCCAAGCCUUGACAGUGCUGGAAGCUUGUAUGAAGAAUUGUGGGAGAAGAUUUCAUAAUGAAGUAGGGAAGUUUCGCUUUUUAAAUGAGUUGAUAAAAGUUGUGUCUCCAAAGUACCUGGGAGAUCGGGUCUCGGAGAAGGUGAAGACCAAAGUUAUUGAAUUGCUGUAUAGCUGGACUGUGGCGCUGCCAGAAGAAUCCAAAAUCAAAGAUGCCUACUACAUGCUGAAGCGACAAGGGAUUGUUAUGUUUGAUCCUGUGAUUCCUGCAGACAGAACCCUGAUUCCUUCUCCACCACCUCGUCCCAAAAACCCUGUGUUUGAUGAUGAGGAGAAAUCCAAGCUUCUAGCCAAGCUGUUGAAAAGCAAAAACCCAGAUGAUUUACAGGAGGCCAACAAGCUUAUAAAAUCCAUGGUAAAGGAGGAUGAGGCUCGGAUACAAAAAGUGACAAAACGUAUGCACACACUGGAGGAAGUAAAUAACAAUGUGAAGCUGCUGAAUGAGAUGUUGGUUCAUUACAGCAAAGAGGAUUCAUCAGAGGCUGAUAGGGAGCUCAUGAAGGAGCUCUGUGAAAGAUGUGAAACCAAAAGACGGACAUUAUUCAAGCUGGCCAGUGAGACAGAAGAUAAUGACAGCAGUUUGGGGGAUAUUCUACAGGCCAGUGACAAUUUAUCCCGUGUGAUAAAUUCCUAUAAAAAAAUAAUAGAGGGGCAAAUGGUCAAUGGUGAAGUGGAUCUCCCUGUGAUGUCUGUAGCAGAAGGGAGUGACUCCACCAGUAAUCUCAACACUCUCAUUGACCUUGCUGGACUGGACGUCACUAGCACCCCGCCACCUCCAAUGCCACCCACCACACUGACGCCAGCCCCCCCAUUAGCUCCCCCUCCAGCGGAAAUCCCCAUUCUCCCACCUCCUCCCCAGACGUUUGCUCAUUCCCGGAGCAGUUCAUCUAGCCAAGUGGAAGCUGUACCCGCUCAGCAGAGCAGCACAGCCAAUUCCCUCUCCUUGCUGGAUGAAGAGCUUCUGUGCUUAGGCCUGAAUGAUCCAGCCCCUGCAGCAGUGAAGGAGACAUCAGAAAACAACCAAUGGAGCAUGUUUGAGAAUGACCAGUUGGACCUGGAUUUCUUUGGUCCGAAGAUGGGGACUGCUGCUUGCAACCCUGCAGGGAACCCUCUUCUUCAUCACACCUCACAGACUGCUUGUGGAACAUCAGUGACACUGCCCUCUGCUUUCACAGCCUCUCAGACUGCUCCCAGUAUCCCUGCACCAAACUCAGCCCCAUUUGUGUUCUCUGCUGGGCCAACUGCCCCUGUGGGGCCUCCUAAGACUUUGCCAGCUGCUCCUGGGUGCUUCAGCUCAGCUAUGGGAAACAAUAUGUCCAAUAAAAUGGAUGCACUGGGACAACUCCUUGAAGAAACCAAAGGGACUGUCACCCAAGGCAUGGGUACACCUUCAGUGUUCCCUGGGGUUACUUUGCCAGCCACUUCCACCUCUACCCCAUUAAUAACCCCUGCAGGGCUGCCAGUCACUGCCCUGGGAGCAACUCCAGUUCCUUUCCCAAGCAGCUGCACUGCUGGCUCGGGAAGCCCUCUCUUUCAGUCAGCAUCAUUCCAGCAGCAAGGCAGUCCUGUGAAAGCACCUGAAAUUUCUUUGGCCAAUGUCCAUGUUCCCUUGGAAUCCAUUAAACCCAGCAGUGCCCUCCCAGUGACAGCCUAUGACAAGAACGGUUUCCGGAUCCUCUUGCACUUUGCCAGGGAGUGCCCGCCAGGAAGGUCAGAUGUGCUCGUUGUCGUAGUGUCAAUGCUGAACACAGCACCUCUUCCUGUGAAGAACAUUGUGCUGCAGGCUGCUGUACCGAAGUCCAUGAAAGUGAAGUUACAACCACCCUCUGGCACAGAGCUAUCUCCAUUUAAUCCCAUCCAGCCGCCUGCUGCCAUCACCCAAGUCAUGCUUCUGGCAAAUCCUGCAAAGGAGAAAGUGAGACUGAGAUACAAACUGACCUUCACACUGGGAGAUCAGCCCAGCACAGAAGUUGGCGAAGUGGAUCAGUUUCCCCCGGUAGAGCAGUGGGGGCAUCUAUGACCCUAAGAUACCGCCAGAGACUCCAUGACAGGACCAGGAAAGGAUCCCACAGGACUGUAAUGAAUGUGACGUGGGGAGGGACACAAAUGCUAUCCACUGGUGAUGUUCAGCUUCGUUUACAUGUCCUGACCACUCUGCUUGUAGCUUUAGUCCAGAAUGUUUUACCCCAUAUUGAAGGGGUCCUGGGACAUUUACGCCAAGCAUGAACUGAGUGGCAACCAGUAACAGGCAGUGCUGGCUGCUUUUAUCGUGGCCUCUGGGUGAAUCUGGUUCUACCUUCUACUCAAUUAAACUUGAAAUUGUUGUAUUCUGAGGGGAGACCUGUCAUCAGAAGGGGAUUUAGUUGGUUUAUUCCUGUACUGCUGUCCGGAGAUACCUAGAGGCUGGUGGGGUAAUGAUGCCACCAGGAGCUUCCUCAGUGCAGAGCCCUUACACUUGCUCCCCCUAGGACUUUUGCCUCCUCAGUGCCAGACUGGAUCAUUUAAGCAUGUUGAGCAAUAAUGCUGGCUCCACGAGGGAAUGCUUAUUUUUUACACUGAAAUUGCGCUUACCUCCCUUCCUCUCCCUCCUCCGUUUCAUUAUCAACGGUCAAUGUAGGCAGACCCUAACUCUGUGUUGUGUGACAUGCUAUAUAUUAGGUUGAUAUAUUUAUUUUAUACUGCUAGCUGCUCUCUGUUGUAUCCAUUUUGGGCCAGUGGCACUGAGUUUUGUAUGCAAAUGGCUACACUGGUUAUUUUUCUGCCUUCAUUGCAUUCCAUGGUGUGGAGAAAAAUGAACUGUGUAAUGAGGAGGUAAACCCAACAGGGCUGGGAAGUAGCAGUCAAUAUUGGUGGAGGACAGCACCUAGAAUGCAGAAGUCUUUGCAACUGCUAUUCAGGUGCAGUGACUGAAUCCAGGGAUAAAGAGAGAGGCCUCUCACGUCCCCUCAUGCAGGCAGUAUUAUUAUUGUAGUUGAACUGUGUUCUAUUGAAAUGAGUACAAUGAAAUACAAGAUGUAAAUAAUAGAGCUAUAGAAUGUCUGAAUAUAAACAAGCGGACAGUGAAAGGAAAGACAGCUCCAGUGGGCUGUGAUGGUGCAUGUGCUGGGUUUUAUACCCUCUUUUAUUUGUUCCCUGUAUUAAGUGGCUAAGUGCAAUUGUCUCCCCAAGGGGGAAAGCUAUUUUGCUGGAUAUUAGUAUUCUAUGCUAAAAGGGGCAGAAGACCUGACCCCCUCUAGCUAACGUUACCCAGAAACUAGGUUUAAAUCACCGAAACUUGAUUCCCAUGGUCCCUUCCUUUUCCCUUUUGAUUUCCAGUCUCAAGCAAUGCCUCAAGUAGCUUUGAGACAAUUUUAAAUUAAUGUUUUUCUACAUUCUUUGACAAAAGCACAGAAGGGCUGGGUCCUUGGACACUGACUAUGCUCAGCACUUCUAGCAGUGCCAUCAAGCAACAGCUUUUAGGACUAUAAACAGGAACAGACAAAGUACUGAGAAAAUAAAUAUGCAGGAGGAGACCCCCUGCCUUGUAGGAAGAAAACUCAAGAGGAGAAAGUGCUGCUGGAAUUAAUGGAGGCUAUAAAAUCCAUUAGUGCAAAUACAACUUUGAAUUAUGUCUAGCUGUCUUAGGCAGAUGCUUACAGCUGCUGAAUUUUUCUCACUGAUGACAAGUAAAUAAUGCUAGAAAUCAGCAGACUGAAAGGCCUGAGGCCCUAAUCAGGGGCUCCAGGCAGCUGUAGAAGCCCUGAAGGUAAAAUCAAAGCUUGGCCAAGGAACUUGCUGUAAACUUUUGGGCUGAGGCUCAUAAGGAUCACAGCCUUGUCAGCUCCCUGAAGUAGAAGGCAGGCAAGAAGGAUGGUUAGGUCUUUUGGAUCCUCAAAGAAAGCAGCAGCAGUUUUAAAGUGAUGGAAUAGGAUGGGAGACAAGGAGAGAAUUCUUUCUGCCUCAGAUAUAUUCUUGCCAGCACUUUAGACACAGCAGGCAUAGGGGUAUUGCUUAAAUCAUUUAAAUCUGCCCAGGUGCUGUAGUGUGUCCUUAGGAAGCGGGUUUCACUGCUUUAGAUGCCUACAUGUAAAUCUCACUGUGACUUUGAGGAAGUCAGAAGAGCACAAAUGCUUUCUGAGGAAUGGCUCUGUUCCCAGUGUUAACGGCAGUACAUUGCCUGUGCAGCACAGCAAAAUGGAAAGACCUUGUCGUUUUGCUGUAUGGAAAUGCAUUGUUACAAGCUUUGGAAAUUAAACCACGAAUGUUACUUGUAGGUUGAGGUUCCAGCUUCAUAGCAAACAGCCGUACUGUAAAUAUGUCUCAAAUGCAUUGAUUCUGCUGCAUGUUAAAUAAAUUGUUUUCCCUACUUUGA